CUAAUUUUAAAGUUUUAUUUUUGAGUUUUAUUUUAGAAUGAAACUGUGGAACACUUAAAUUAGAAACGAAACAAAAGACGCUGAGAAGGGGAGUGAACUAGCGAUGCUGCACCGCCAACAAUGAGUUGCCAUCAAAGUGCGGCCACUCUCAGUGAUCCAGCAUCUUUUUAAAACAAGCAACUUUUUCUUCCGAGUGCGUUGUGUUCUAUUCGUUACAGGCUGGGAUUUUCAAGGAUUCGAUAAAUAGAAUUAGCCAACAUAUAACCUACUAAUAUCGAUCUAUUACUACAAUGUGAAAGAAAACUAAUAGUAUUACCGUGGAAACAACUUUUCAUCCAUAAGUUAUCACAAGUUUAUCUGUGAUGUUUAUGUUUAAAAUAUCGAACUUGGCUAAGUUCUAAUGUGAAUUCUUUAUUCAAGACGUAAGACUACGUUAUAGUGAAGUUGAUACAAGUUAAUUACGCUAAAAACAAUUUAAGUAGUCCUUUACCAAAACAAAUUUAUUCUAUAUUUUUUCUCGUGAAUCAUUAAUAUUUUUAAAAAUAAAAUGGUUCAUUGAAUUAUGAAGUAACUUAAACAAUGAAGCUAGUCCUGUACAUUUAUUAACUAUUUCGAUACGCAGACUUAUUUCGAAUUUUGUUUAAAAAAACAACUGAAGUCUAAAAUAUUAAGAUUUAAUCAGUUAAACUUUAAGUUCAUGUUCAAACGCUUUAAUGAUAUUUCCUAAGCAUUACGUCACUUCCGGAGUAUUUACAAGCGAUUCCAUGCCCGGACACAAGACUGACCUCACUCUCUGCCGGACAGAUCGGAGUGCCGGACCCGAUCUGCCGGACCGACCACGUCACGACACCGCGGGUGACGCACCAUGAGCCGUUCAUCUUUCGGAUUCCGAAGGUCGUUUAACGCAGGCCGGAAGUUAUCUCGGGAGAACCGGAAAGACAUUAAUUCGCAGCAACAAGGGCAGGCCCGGAGCGAGCAUAAUGAUAUGCACGAGAAACGCCAGAGAAGUCGUCAUGACAACAGUGACGCUGACAAGGCUACCAGGAGUAUUUUUGGGGACGUCCCACUCACAGACACAGAACGCAGGUACUUGUGGGCCGCACAGAGCGGGAACCUGCCGGCCCUGGAGAUGUUGGUUGAGGAGUCGGGCACGUUCAACCUCAGCUGCAGGGACUACCUUGGCCGCACGGCCCUGCAGCUGGCUGUGCUGGGUGAGCACUACGACUGUAUCCAGCUCCUGCUGGAGAAGUCGCGACUUGACGUCAUCGAGGAGGGUCUGCUGCACGCAAUCAAGACGGAGAACGUCAAGAUCUGCGACAUGUUCCUGGCACAUCCGGUCUACUCAGACCAGAGGUCAAGGAUGCAGCUGGAAUUCCAGCACGGCUUCUACGAGCAGGAGGACAGCAGUUCCAGCUUCGCGCCGGACAUCACGCCCAUCGUGCUGGCCGCCCAGUGCAACAACUUCGACAUCGUCCACAUGCUGAUCCAGAAGGGCUUCACCAUCCAGACCCCGCACAACUACUUCUGUCUGUGUACCGAGUGCUACAACCACAAGAACUUUGACAGAGUUGUACACUCCAAGUCAAGGCUGAAUGCCUACCGAGGUCUGGCCAGCACAGCCUACUUAGCCCUGUCAUGUGACGAUCCCAUCUAUGCAGCGUUUGAGCUGAGCCGGAGUCUACAGAAGCUGGCGGAGAGGGAGAAGGAACAUAAGAGUGAGUACCGCGGCCUGAGUGAUAAGUGUAAAAAUUUUGCCGUUGACCUACUGGACCAGUGCCGGACUAACGAGGAGGUCAUGUCGGCCCUACACGGGGGCACCAACACCCGGGACCUGUCCCGUAUCAAGAUGGCGAUACGCUACGAGCAGAAGAAGUUUAUUGCCCAUGCCAGCUGCCAAGAACACCUGGCCAGCAUGUGGUACGCCGGCGCCUCGUGGUUCCAGCAUCAGAACUUCCCCAUCAAGCUCGUCAUGGUGCCUUUAGGGAUCAUCUUCAUCCCCGUCACUGCCAUCGUCUACGUCUUUCUUCCUUACUCGAGGAUCGGCAAGAUCCUCAAGUCGCCGUUCAUGAAGUUCAUGAACUACAUCUGCUCCUACACAGCGUUUCUGGUGCUGCUAUUUUUAGGCACACAGCUGUCCUCAUUCAAGAGCGUCCAUUUGUUCAACGGUAUAGAGGGAGUGGUCAACAGCCUCAUUAUGUUCUAUGUGCUAGGGAUGUUCUGGGCCGAGUGCAAACAGCUGUGGGAGGAGGGCGUCAAGGGCUACUUCUCCCAGAUGUGGAACUACAUGGACAUCACCAUGUUAGCCCUCUACACCGCGGGCUACUCCACAGAGGGCGUCAUCUACACCAAGACCAAUGGAUUAUACAUGGAUAACCACCUUAUCCACAGCAAAGGGAAAUAA